AUCACUGGAGAGAGACAAAGAUAGAGAGACCUAGUGGAAGUGUUUGUGUGCGAGAGAGCGAGUUAGCCACUGUCAAAGCCGAUUACAUUUUAUCGGGUCUGUGAUUCUGUCACUGUCUGUCCACUUGAGGGUUUUCCCCUUUGUGAACGCCUCUCGCUUUCUCUUGCUUGUUUUGUUGUUGUUUAUUUAUAGAAGCGCGCUUUUUUUCGAGUAGUAUGUAUUUAUUCUAGUGUUUGUGGGACUCGGACAUCUUUACUAUGAGUUCCACUGCAGAAGCGCUCCUGUCAGCGGGGCAACUUUUCCGUGCGCCACGGCGCCGCUGAGCCGCGCGUCUCUAGGUGGGAAAGUUUACACGCAACGCCCGGCAAACAUGGGCUCGCGGUGAAAGCUCCGGUUGUCCCACUUUCUUCUCUCUUCCAAACCGUACGACAAAAUGCAGAAGAGCGUCCGCUACAACGAAGGGCACGCGCUGUUUCUGUCGGCGGUCGCGCGUAAAGAGGGGACUAAGCGCGGAUACCUGAGCAAGAAGACGGCGGAGAACAGCCGAUGGCACGAGAAGUUCUUCGCCCUUCAUCAAAAUGUACUGUUCUACUUCGAGAACGAGCAGAGCGCGCGACCAGCCGGGAUUUACCUGUUGGAAGGAUGCACCUGCGAGCGCGCGCCGGCGCCCAAGAUGUCUACGACUGGGAAGGAAGCGCUAGAGAAGCAGCACUAUUUCCUCAUCGUGUUCGGUCACGAUGGACAGAAGCCUCUGGAGCUGCGGACGGAGGAGGAGAGUGAGUGCGAUGAAUGGGUGGAGGCCAUCCAGCAGGCGAGUUACUCUGACAUCAUCAUUGAACGAGAGGUGCUGAUGCAGAAAUACAUCCACCUUGUACAGAUAGUGGAGACUGAGAAGGUGGCUGCCAAUCAGCUGCGCACCCAACUAGAAGAUCAGGAUACAGAAAUUGAGAGGCUCAAAGCAGAGAUUGUAGCUCUAAACAAAACUAAGGAGCGAAUGCGGCCUUACCAUGUCAACCAUGAAAAUGAAGACCCGGAUAUCAAAAAGAUAAAAAAGGUGCAGAGUUUCAUGCGAGGCUGGCUCUGUCGGCGGAAGUGGAAGAUCAUCGUUCAGGACUACAUCUGCUCUCCUCAUGCUGAGAGCAUGAGGAAGAGGAACCAGAUCGUCUUCAACAUGGUGGAGGCAGAGACAGAGUACGUCCACCAGCUCUACAUCCUGGUCAACUGUUUCCUCAGACCUCUGAGGAUGGCUGCCAGCUCCAAGAAACCCCCCAUCAGUCAUGACGAUGUCAGCAGCAUCUUCCUCAACAGUGAAACCAUCAUGUUCCUACAUGAGAUUUUCCAUCAAGGGUUGAAGGCGAGGAUAGCCAACUGGCCCACUCUUGUGCUGGCUGACCUAUUUGACAUCCUGCUGCCCAUGCUGAACAUCUAUCAGGAGUUUGUGCGUAACCAUCAGUACAGCCUGCAGGUUUUGGCCAACUGUAAGCAGAACAGAGACUUCGACAAGCUGCUGAAACAGUACGAGUCUAAUGCCGCCUGUGAGGGAAGGAUGCUCGAGACCUUCCUCACAUACCCCAUGUUCCAGAUUCCUCGCUACAUCAUCACUUUGCAUGAGUUGUUGGCACACACACCUCAUGAGCAUGUGGAGCGCAAGAGUCUUGAAUUCGCCAAGUCCAAAUUAGAGGAACUGUCCAGAGUAAUGCAUGACGAGGUGAGUGACACGGAGAACAUCCGGAAGAACCUGGCCAUAGAGAGGAUGAUAGUGGAGGGCUGUGACAUCCUGCUGGACACCAGCCAGACCUUCGUCAGGCAGGGCUCUCUGAUCCAGCUGCCGUCGGUGGAGCGAGGGAAGCUAAGUAAGGUCCGUCUGGGCUCUCUGUCUCUAAAGAAGGAAGGGGAAAGGCAGUGCUUCCUCUUCACCAAACACUUCCUUGUCUGCACACGCAGUUCUGGGGGAAAACUGCACCUUCUCAAGCAAGGUGGAGUUUUGUCUCUAAUUGACUGCACACUCAUAGAGGAACCAGACGCCAGUGACGAGGAGUCUAAAGCUGGUGGUCAGGUAUUUGGUCAGCUGGACUUUAAGCUUGUAGUAGAGCCGUCAGACUUACCUUCAUUCACUGUGGUGUUACUGGCACCAUCGCGGCAGGAGAAGGCAGCAUGGACCAGUGAUAUAAGCCAGUGUAUAGAUAAUAUCCGCUGUAAUGGCUUGAUGACCAGUGUAUUUGAGGAGAACUCUAAAGUCACUGUGCCUCAUAUGAUCAAAUCCGAUGUGCGUCUCCAUAAAGAUGAUGUUGACAUUUGCUUCAGCAAGACGCUCAACUCCUGCAAGGUCCCCCAGAUCCGCUAUGCCAGUGUGGAGCGGCUGCUUGAGAGGCUGACCGACCUGCGCUUCCUCUCCAUUGACUUCCUCAAUACCUUCCUGCACACAUACAGGAUUUUCACCACGGCAUCGGUGGUCAUGGACAAACUGGCCGACAUCUACAAGAAACCCUUCUCCUCCAUACCUAUCAGGGCGCAGUACCACUCAUUUGAACGUCUGUCCAUCUCAUCCAUCUGUCCUGACUACAGUCUGAAGAUCAAGAAGAUAGCCAUGGAUCAGUCCAAGUCCUUGGAGCUGUUCUUUGCCACCAACCAGAAUAACAGAGGUGGUGAGCACAUAAACGACAAAUCUCCUCGUCUCUGCCGCAAGUUCUCCUCUCCCCCUCCUCUGUCCAUCCCGUCCCACACCUCCUCCCCCAUCCGAACACGAAAGCUCUCCCUCCAUUCCCCCAUCACUGCCAGGGUAGGAGGCCUUGACCUAACCAGCCCUCUGUCAAACGCCAGUGUCAACCAUAACACUUCCCAGUCUGCUUCCAGUAGCCCCACGUCUGCCCACACCCCCCAAACCCCAACGCCUCAGACCCCGACUCCGACCACCUCCUCUCCUCCUCCUCCCUCUUCCACCUCUCCCCCACCCAAUAACUCAAAGCCACUGCAGGACCAAGUUCCUCCCAUUCCCUCGUCCCCAGACCAGAGUCCCUGCGCGACUGCAGAGGGGGAGGAGGUGCCCAAGAUUGAACCUUUCUGUGGCAAACUGAGACGGAGCAUCCGCAGAGCUGUGCUGGAGUCGGUGUCACUGGAGAAAAUCAUCCCAGAGUCUCCUCAGAGCAGUGAAGCAGGAGACAUGUCUCCAUGUCGCUCCCCUUCCACACCUCGGCACCUCCGCUACAGACAGCCUGGAGUCCAGUCAGGGGAGAACUCACGCUGCUCAGUCUCUCCUGCUUCAGCCUUUGCUAUUGCCACCGCAGCAGCUGGACAUGGUACAACACCAGUGUUUACUAACUCUGAAAGAACUUGUGAUAAAGAGUUUAUCAUCCGCCGAGCUGCAACUAACAGAGUUCUCAAUGUGCUGCGGCACUGGGUCUCCAAACACUCACAGGACUUUGAGAUGAAUGGGGAGCUGAAGAUGUCUGUGAUCUGUCUCCUGGAAGAGGUGCUCAGAGAUCCAGACCUUCUGCCUCAGGAGAGAAAAGCUACUGCCAACAUACUAAGUGCUCUUUCUCAGGACGAGCAGGAUGAUGCCCAGCUGAGGAUAGAGGACAUCUUACAGAUGGCGGACUGUCCGAAGGCAGAGUGUUUUGAGUCUCUCUCAGCGAUGGAGCUGGCUGAGCAGAUCACUCUGCUGGAUCACAUCGUCUUCAGGAGCAUUCCUUAUGAAGAGUUCCUGGGCCAGGGCUGGAUGAAGGUUGAUAAGACAGAAAGGACGCCAUACAUCAUGAAAACUAGUCAACACUUCAAUGAUAUGAGUAACCUGGUGGCAUCACAAAUUAUGACCCAUACCGAUGUGGGCUCGAGGGCCAACUCCAUAGAGAAGUGGGUUGCUGUCGCUGACAUCUGCCGCUGUCUCAACAACUACAACGGAGUGCUGGAGAUCACAUCUGCACUCAAUCGCAGUGCCAUCUUCCGUUUGAAGAAGACCUGGGCUAAAAUCAGCAAACAGACUAAAGCCCUGAUGGACAAACUGCAGAAGACCGUGUCCUCUGAGGGAAGGUUUAAAAAUCUGAGGGAGACCCUGAAAAACUGCAACCCUCCAUGUGUGCCAUAUCUGGGAAUGUAUCUAACAGACCUGGCCUUCAUUGAGGAGGGAACGCCCAAUUUUACUGAGGAAGGUCUUGUUAACUUCUCCAAAAUGAGGAUGAUAUCCCACAUCAUCAGAGAGAUCCGACAGUUCCAGCAGACUCCGUACAGAAUAGAGCAUCAAGCCAAGGUGACCCAGUAUCUUCUGGAUAAGACUCUGAUCAUGGAUGAAGACACACUCUAUGAUCUCUCGCUGAAGAUCGAGCCCAGGCUUCCUGCCUGAGUUACAGCUGUUUGUGGCCAGUGGGAGCCUGCCAAACCCGGACCCCCAAGGGCAACACGCCCACGUAAUCUCAACAAUCAAGAGGAAAUUGGGAAGUUUUGAGAGCGACAUGGAAAUGGAAAUAAGAGAGAUAAAGACUGAAGUGAGAGAUGAAGAAGCUUGAGAGUUUUACAAGAGAUCGAGGGAGCAUGAGACAGGCUAAGAAUUUCUAAGGUGUUGGACUGAUUGUCUUCAAGGAGAACAAGAGGAAGAGGUUUUGGUUGCAUUGCAUGAGGGUUUUGAGGAAAUGACAUGUCUCUCUGUGUGCUCAUCAUUCCGCAGUUGAGAGUGUGGUGCACAUGACAUCACACUUCCUCAGACCGCCUGAGAGUGCAGGAAAGGCUGAGAGCAUGGAGUGAAUGGAGGAAAUACAGUGGACAUAACAGAGAUGUAGCAUAUACAGAUAGUGUGACAGAGAGAUGUCUGAGCUCGUGUCUCUGUGCUGUUGUCUGUGUUCUGUUGCCUGUGCAUUUCUGUGCCAUGUCCUGGAGCAAGAGCCCCAAAAAUGCUUUCUGUCAUGAUGGUCACUGCAUAAAACUUGCAUGAUUUCAGCUUGGGAUGUAACUGUCUAAAUGGCCUUCAACCUUCAGCUUAGCAUGCUUCACUUUUCACCAGGGUGACCCUCUAAGCCACUAUGCAUCCUCAGUGGGCUGGGAACGGCAAAAACGCCUUUAAGCCUUCAAAUAUGAUGUAGAAAGACACAAAAAAUUAAACACGUAAAGAUCAUUUAAAAUGAAAAGUUUGAUAUAUUUUGAUGAAGUGGCUUAUUUUUCCAUUGAUGAAACAAUUCAUUCUGUAUUUGUCUUUAGUCGGUCUUUGCCUAAAGACUUCCCACGAGAAUGAAGAGCUCUUUUAAAAAAAAUGUCCACAUGAAUGAUACACAAUGAAAAACGUUAUCCGUGCCUUCCACUAGUAUAGGUCAAUUUCCCUACAAUUGCCAAUUUACACGCAUAAAGUUUUAUAUAUAAAUCCUGCUUAGAAAUCUUAAGAUGUCCUUAAAAAAUUGGACUGUAGUUUCACUCAUUCAUCUUUUUUUUUCUCAAAAAAUAGGUCAUGUAGACUAAACAGUAGCAUGUUAGUGUAAACACAGUAAAGUCAUUGCAGCAUUUAAUCGUCAACAAAUAUCUCCCUCUAGUGUUUAAACAUUGUUAUAACCUCUACUGACCCAAAGCUUUCGCAGCGUCUGUGUGCAGUUUGAUUGUUUUGGCUUUUACAAAUUGUCAGAUACUGACGUGUGUAGUCAGGUCCCAGUGUGUAACUCUUGGAUGUAGGCUGGGACAGUUUUUGCACUCUCUGAGAUGUAGCUUUGCUUGAGUGACAGUAUGAUUAUUACGUUAUUUACCAUGCUAUUUAUUUCAUCAGAUACUGUAUUUAUCUUAUUUUUGUAUAUAGUGACUCCACACAUAUCAUAUGAUUGAUGAAGAAAUACUUUGAAUUGUUAUGCUGUGAAUUUUAUUGUUUUUUUUUUUGUCUCUCUUGCUUUUAUGUCGAAUUCUAGUUUUGCAUCCCAGGCUCUUGUAUUGCAAGAAAUCUGUUUAUUUAAAAAAAAAGAAGUCUUUUGAAGUUUUAAAAAUAAUGUAGCAUUUGAAUAAUCAGAAUUAGUUUUCGGUAUUGCUGAUAUGAUGAACAUAGUUGUCCUGCAUGCACACAACAGCUGCAUGUUGUGCAUGUCUGACCGGACGCUCCAUGUACGUUCUCCCUCUGCUUCUCUAUAUUAAUAUUGUCUCUGUAGCUGUCGGGAGGCUCUGCUAAAACGCAUAGAAAUUUGUCCAUCAAAUCUGGCACGUUUGUCUCUUAGUGUACCUCACAAAAUCAAGCAUAAUCUUUAGGCUAUGUCAUCUGCAAAACAGCCUGUUGUUAGGCAGUAGCAUUGUUGAAAGUUAUGCAGGCCUCAGUAAAAACAAGAGAACUUUCCUCCUAAAACAAAAACCUUGUUCCAGAUUGAUUAGAGGAAAUGUUUUCAGGCUUGGCUUUUGGAAAAACUUGUCCUUUGCACUGCGUCUGUAAUUCUGAGUGUCUGUUUCACAUACAGGUUUGUGAAUACAGGAUGCUAUGUUUGUAUUGUAAUAUUUUGUGUAUUUGUUUGCAUUUUUCACUUGUAGGUGCAGGGGAAAUAAAUUCAACAUGCCUUA